UAAAAUGUCAAGUAUUUGCUGCUUUUGGGAUUGUUCCUUCCUUCAUUCAUAGCUCUUCAUCGAGAUUUCUGGUUGUGCGUGGUUGAGUUUUCUGGGCUUUCGAGUUUCGAUCGCCCUCUCUCUCCCAACAGAGAAAGAAAGCUUCGAGCUCGAGAGAGAGAGAAUCCAUGGAUUCCUCGCCGGUUCAGAGUCGAUUCGAUAUAUUCGAAAUAUAUCGCAGAUUUUGUGAGACUCGAUCAAGCCAAGCUUUAUGUACUACUUAUAAACACGACGAGGAGUCACACAGAAGUAAUAAUUAUUCUAAAGAAGCUUUAACUCACCUCUUUAGUCUAGUCGAGACCAAGUUUCAGGCAAGAAACUCCAUUUUUGAUGAAUUGUUCAAGUUGAUGUCACGUCUGGACUUAAUGGUGGACUUCUCCGAGUUUACCCGCUUUUAUGAUUUUGUUUUCUUUAUGUGCCGUGAGAAUGGGCAGAAGAGUAUAACUGUAGCUAAAGCUAUUACCGCAUGGAAACUUGUUUUGGUUGGGAGAUUUAGAUUACUUAACCGCUGGUGCGACUUCAUCGAGAAAAACCAACGGCACAAUAUUUCAGAAGAUACCUGGCAGCAAGUCUUGGCGUUUAGUCGUUGUGUUCAUGAGAAUCUCGAAGGAUAUGACUCUGAAGGUGCGUGGCCUGUCCUCAUCGAUGAGUUUGUUGAGCAUAUGUACAGUGUUCUAGGACCGAGUAAGAACACUAGCUUGUCCUGUAACUGUGGGGACACAGACUCUGAAUCAUGCCUUUACGAAGAUCCUCUUUCAGAUAAGCAUCAUAAAGAUGAUCGCCGCUACCACACGGGUUUAAGAAGUGUUCCAGGCUUAAAGAGAAAAACAUCCAAAGACUACGAUGAAGAAGAAGAUGAUGAAGAAGUAUCUAAAACUCAAUACUCUUUUUCGUCACCAUACUUGAAACGAAUGAGAUCAUCCGAGGACAGUCCAAGAUGUUCAUCCAACUCGCAUUGUAUGAUUGAGCGAAGUCUCUCACAAGGAUUUGCAAGUCUUUUAUCGACUGGAGAUAAGCCGUGAAACUCAAGAAACCGUCACACAUAAGCAAAAUAGAUUAUAUACUACAAAACAAAAAGAGGUCUCGAGUUAACGGUGAGUUCUUAUUUGUUGUGAGCUAUAUAAUAUUUGUUUCCCAAUCUAUUUAUACACUUGUUUCCAUUACAUUUUCGAGUUUCAGAGCAAAAAAAGAAGAUUGUAUUAUGUUCGAUUGUUCGUUGUGUUAUUCAAUGUUGAGUUUUCUUGAUAAA